GAAGGGAGGAAGGCAGGAUGAAAGCAGGCAGGAAGGCAGGAAGGAAGGGAAUGGUACCUAGGAAAAUAUGCAAGCCGGUUUCAUUUAUUUGUAUCCUAAGCAGCAGUGUCAUAGAACAGACAGGUUGUUUCAGCCAACCAGACGGGAGCAGCUGCGAGGGCUACAUCUUGGCAGUCCGAAGCGAUUGGCUCCUCUCUGGGGAGCGGAGGGUGUUCAGUUAUUAAUGACCGCUGAGCAGGCAGCACCAUGUCAGUGUGACAACUGAUCGGGUGAACGAUGCACCACUAACCACCAUGGAAACAAGGAGAAAGAAAGCCAGCUCCCAGGAUCUCUCUUCACGGGAUUGAGAGCCUCAGCCUGCCGACUGAGAGCAAGAGUUCCGGGAGAAAAGAAGGAACCCCAGCUGCAGCCUCCUGCCUUCCUUUUUAUCUUAGAACACCGAGAUAAGCUGGCUUGCAUGUGCGCCCACCUCUAGUACAUGUUUGUGUGUACUUUAUUACACACACACACACACACACACACACACACACCACGCACCUAUUUACACCCGGGCAAGAACACAACCAUGUGAUUAUCGCAACUGAAGAACUGAGGCAGCCCGCACAGAGGGACACGGAAGGUGGUGCAUCACAGGAACUGCUUUUGCAAGUCAGCAUCACACUGCUAUUCCUGCAAGUACUGAACAAGCAUGGGAUUUGAAUAUUACACUCCUAAAUAAAUGAAUUGCUCAAUUUCCUGUGACCAUCUAUACAUACUCCAUCUUCAAAAAGUGUAUCAGUAUUCUCUCAUAAAGGAGAUAGUGAUCUUUUCUCCAACAUGCAUGACAUUUCUGGACAAGCCAACUGUGGCACCAGCACGUAUUUCCAUGAAGAAAAACUCUGCAGUUUUAUGGCAUUCAUCAUUUGACAAAUGCAACUAUUUUCCUUAUCAAUCAAGUCUUACUUAACUUCCUAGCAGUGACUGUGGAAUCCUUGAGGGCCCAUUACAUUUCUGAAGAAGAAAGCUAAGAUGAAGGACAUGCCACUCCGAAUUCAUGUGCUACUUGGCCUAGCUAUCACUACACUAGUACAAGCUGUAGAUAAAAAAGCGGAUUGCCCACAAUUAUGUACAUGUGAAAUCAGGCCUUGGUUUACACCCAGAUCCAUUUAUAUGGAAGCAUCUACAGUGGACUGUAAUGAUUUAGGUCUUUUAAAUUUCCCAGCCAGAUUGCCUGCUGACACACAGAUUCUGCUCCUACAGACUAACAAUAUUGCAAAAAUUGAAUACUCCAUAGACUUUCCAGUAAACCUCACCGGCCUGGACUUAUCUCAAAACAAUUUAUCUUCAGUCACCAAUAUUAAUGUAAAAAAGAUGCCUCAGCUUCUUUCUGUGUAUUUAGAGGAAAACAAACUAACUGAGCUGCCUGAAAAAUGUCUUUCUGGACUGAGCAACUUACAAGAACUCUAUAUUAAUCACAACUUGCUUUCUACAAUUUCACCCGGAGCCUUUAUUGGCCUCCAUAAUCUUCUUCGACUUCAUCUCAAUUCAAAUAGAUUGCAGAUGAUCAACAGUAAGUGGUUUGAUGCUCUCCCCAAUCUGGAGAUCCUGAUGAUUGGGGAAAAUCCAAUCAUCAGAAUCAAAGACAUGAACUUUAAGCCGCUUAUCAAUCUUCGCAGCCUGGUUAUAGCUGGUAUAAACCUGACGGAAAUACCAGAUAAUGCCUUGGCUGGACUUGAAAACUUAGAAAGCAUCUCUUUUUAUGACAACAGGCUUAUUAAAGUGCCCCAUGUUGCUCUCCAGAAAGCUAUAAACCUCAAAUUCUUGGAUCUAAAUAAAAAUCCCAUUAAUAGAAUACGGAGGGGUGAUUUCAGCAAUAUGCUACACUUAAAAGAGUUGGGAAUAAAUAAUAUGCCUGAGCUGAUUUCCAUCGACAAUCUUGCUGUGGAUAACCUGCCAGAUUUAAGAAAAAUAGAAGCUACAAACAACCCACGGUUGUCUUACAUUCACCCAAAUGCAUUUUUCAGGCUACCCAAGCUGGAAUCACUGAUGCUCAACAGCAACGCCCUUAGUGCCCUCUACCAUGGUACAGUUGAGUCUCUGCCAAACCUCAAGGAGAUCAGCAUACACAGCAAUCCCAUCAGGUGUGACUGCGUCAUCCGUUGGAUUAAUAUGAACAAAACUAACAUUCGAUUCAUGGAGCCAGACUCACUAUUCUGUGUGGACCCACCUGAAUUCCAAGGCCAAAAUGUUCGGCAGGUGCAUUUCAGGGAAAUGAUGGAAAUCUGUCUCCCUCUUAUAGCUCCUGAGAGCUUUCCUUCUAAUCUGGAUUUAGAAUCUGGGAGCUAUGUUUCCUUGCAUUGCAGAGCUACUGCAGAGCCACAGCCUGAAAUCUACUGGAUAACACCUUCUGGUCAAAAACUCUUACCUAAUACUCUGAAAGACAAGUUCUAUGUCCAUUCUGAAGGCACACUAGAUAUAAAUGACAUAACUCCAACAGAAGGGGGUCUAUAUACUUGUAUAGCAACUAACCUGGUUGGUGCUGACUUGAAGUCUGUUAUGAUCAAAGUAGAUGGUUCUUUUCCCCAGGAUAACAAUGAAUCCUUAAAUAUUAAAAUAAAAGAUGUUCAGGCCAAUUCAGUUCUCGUGUCUUGGAAAGCAAGUUCUAAAAUUCUCAAAUCCAGUGUUAAGUGGACUGCAUUUGUCAAGACUGAACAUUCCCAUGCUGCCCAGAGUGCCCGAAUACCAUCUGAUAUCAAGGUAUAUAAUCUUACUCAUCUGAACCCAUCAACUGAGUACAGAAUUUGUAUUGAUAUCCCCACCAUCUAUCAAAAAACCAGAAAACAAUGUGUAAAUGUCACCACAAAAGGUGUGGACCCUGAUGGAAAAGAAUAUGAAAAGAGUAACACCACAACCUUUAUGGCCUGCCUUGGAGGCUUUCUGGGGAUUAUUGGUGUGAUAUGUCUUUUCAGUUGCCUCUCACAAGAAAUGAAUUGUGAUGGCGGACAUGGCUAUAUGAGGAAUUACGUACAGAAACCAACCUUCACAUUCAGUGAGCUUUACCCUCCUCUUAUCAACCUCUGGGAAACAGGCAAAGAAAAAAGUACAGCACUGGAAGUGAAAGCAACUGUUAUAGGUGUGCCAACAAAUAUGUCCUAAAAACAACUAACUAAACCUACUUCAAAGAAAAGCUAAGACUGCAGCUGUGCUUGAAAAAUUAAAAAAAAAAAAAAAAAAGCAGAGAAAUACGGCUUUCUAGAAAGAAGUUUAAGCUUCACCAAUGCUGCUCCAGACCAAGGGAAAUAUGUACAAGUUCAGCAUUUUAAUUAACUGGCUUCAAAGGGUACUGUGGCAACCAAAUAAAAUAAUUCCAUUUUCUAGAACUUUCAUGUAACUUUUAUGUCUGGACUACAGUUAAAGUGGACAAAACAUUUCUGUAUUUUUUUUAAGUAUAUAAGAGUAGUUGAACUGAGCAAUACCUCCUCCUGUGUUGUAUUACACAUAUUAGCCACGAGUUUUUGCAGUGACUAGGUAACUUGAAUUGACACGUGGUGUAAUAAAAUGGACAAAUUCUGUAGAGUAGACACAGUGAGUAUGUGGGCCUCUUUUAUAAGAAAAAAAAAUACAUUUUGGAUUAAAAUCAA